CAGGAAAAUGAGCCCUGAGUAAGUUAAACUUUCCCAUUUGAAGGAAUAGGAUUUCAAUCUACUCCCUAUCCUGCGUGUGAAGUGGCAGUUGGUGAAGCUGUUUCAUCUGAACACUACUAUCAAGCAGAGGUUCUGAGAUCAGUCAUUUCAGUGAGGAUGCUGAUGUCGCAGCAGAGGAGGUUCUGUUAGGCUCUGAGAUGAGCAGGACGGCUCGCACUUAGAGAAAAGCCAGAAGCAGCUCUACACCAAGUCAUGAUCUCUGUCUUCUGAGAAAAUUGCACUGACACAAAUCUUCAUCCUCAAAGUUUGUGUUAGAAUAAUGAGAUAAAGACGGAUUGCAAAACUAGACCAAACUGAAUUCUCUACAAAAGGAUUAGCCAUCCUUAGGGAGAAUACUGGAGGUUGUGAAGAUGUUUUGUUUCUAAAUAAUUUGCUGUGCCCAUGGAUUUCAGAAAGAAAUGGUGGGAGUGGUGAUUCCCCCCUUAUUUUCCUUGUAAAACUUGAAUAAUAACUUAGAAGAAAUGGUUGGAAUCCUUUGUAGAAUGCAGUAUGGUGUAGUCAUGGACUUAGUCUGUAUGAAAUAGGUCUAUGGGCUGCCCCAAGAAAGCUAAGUAAAUGUAACACUGAACAUUUAACAGCAUGUUUAUAAGCAUUGGCAUUCAUUACAUGUUCCUAUCAAAUGUAAUUUUAGCAUUGCUGAGUUGUAAGUUGAAUCAGUUGAAUAGUCAAUCCUACCAAAAAGAGAAGUACAAAAAACUAAUGAACGUGACUUUACUGAAUAGUUAACAGUCAUUGAACGUGACCUGAUUUUAUCAAAACACCACACUUUAGUUAUAAAAAGUUUUUGUACCUCUCUUCAGGUACUGCUGUAUCUCAUUGUCCUUGCAAAGGGGAAAAUUGUUCUUUCUGUUUGUGCUGUAUUGGGUUACAGAACCAUUAGGCCAAAGAAAAAUAAGCAGGAGACUCACCUAGGCGAUUUUGGGAACUGCUCUAUGGGCACUCAUUACUAUGCUUAAAACCAGUACAAAUAAACUUUAGAUUAUGAAUGCAUAGGUUUUAGUGGGAUAUAAGGACAAAUAAAAAAAAAGUAAAUUAUUGCAUAAGUCUUUAAACUUGCGGGACUGUACUGUGGUAGUUUUUAUGUGUAAGUGCUACAGCUACUAUGUAGUGUCUGCCCUUCAACCAGGGGAAAGCAUGAAGGUGGCAGAGAAAGCCCAACACAUUGUGUUCUCCAGACAGUCUGAGAGAAAUGUGAUUGUGUAUGCACAGCAGAGCCAGAAGAGGCAGCCAUCCAUGCUGUGCCUUGAAUGCUUUGGCUCUGCUGGUUCCAUUCACCUCUCCAUUCAAACCUGUGUUUCAAGAGACCUCUGCUGGAGGAUUGCCUCAGAGCUGGUACGUUUCUCAUAUAUGCGGAUGAAGUAUCUCUUCAUCUCUUGGUUAGUGGUGUUUAUUGGCAGCUGGGUUAUGUACGUCCAGUACUCUACCUACACAGAACUAUGCAGAGGACAUGACUGUAGGAAAAUAAUAUGUGAUAAAUACAAGACGGGAGUUAUUGAUGGAUCAGCAUGUAGUAGUCUUUGUGCAAAAGAGACACUGUAUUUUGGAAAAUGUUUGUCAACGAAGCCCAGUAACCAGAUGUAUUUAGGAAUUUGGGGAAAUCUGCAAGGGGUUAUAAAAUGCCAGAUGGAAGAAGCUGCUCAGCUUGAUUUUGGUACUGAUCCAGAACCAAGAAAAGAAAUAAUCCUAUUUGAUAAACCAACAAGAGGAACCACUGUAGAGAAAUUCAAGGAAAUGGUAUAUGGUUUUUUUAAAGCAAAGUUGGGUGAACAGGGAAAUCUUUCAGAACUGGUAAACAUCAUUCUAUCUUUUGCCGAUGGAAACAAAGAUGGUAGAGUUUCUUUGCCUGAGGCAAAGUCUGCAUGGGCACUUCUGCAGCUAGAUGAGUUUCUGUUAAUGGUGAUGUUGCAGGAUAAAGAGCAUACUCCCAAGCUGAUGGGUUUUUGUGGGGAUCUCUAUGUGAUCGAAAGAGUUGAAUAUACCUCUCUCUACGGAGUCAGCCUUCCAUGGAUCAUCGAACUUCUAAUUCCUUCUGGAUUCAGGAGAAGCAUGGACCAGUGGUUUACUCCAUCGUGGCCAAGGAAGGCAAAAAUAGCUAUUGGACUUUUAGAAUUUGUGGAAGAUAUUUUUCAUGGACCUUAUGGUAACUUUCUUAUGUGUGAUACAAGUGCCAAAAACUUGGGAUAUAAUGAUAAAUAUGAUUUGAAAAUGAUGGACAUGAGAAAAAUUGUGCCAGAAAUGAAUUUAAAGGAAAUGAUUAAAGAUCGUCCGUGUGAAUCAGAUAUGGACUGUGUUUAUGGUACAGACUGUAGAACUCUAUGUGACCAAAGUAAAAUGCGGUGUACCACAGAGGUUAUUCAGCCAAACUUGGCAAAAGUGUGUCAGCUACUUAAAGACUAUCUGCUUCGUGGUGCUCCUUCAGACAUCCACGAAGAACUAGAAAAACAACUGUAUUUGUGUAUUGCCCUUAAAGUCUCAGCAAACCAGAUGGAAAUGGAACAUUCUUUAAUACUCAAUAACUUAAAAACAUUACUAUGGAAGAAAAUUUCCCACACAACGGAUUCUUAGUUUCUCCACCAGCAGAAGAUACUGUGCCACUCGAGGUGGCCUACCACGUUUGCUAAAAAUGAUCUGCAGCAUUUUGUAAAGACGUGUACACAGAUUUCAUGAAUGGCUCUUCAACUCUUCCCUUCAGUCAGUUCCUUAUUAUAGGGCUUCUGAAAGGAUGAACUUAACACCGAGUGACCUGGCAGAAGCCAAAAGCGCUUGUGGUGUUCCAGUGCACUAUCUGGAAACAAAAACAAUCCUGCAUGCUUGACUGCUCUGUGCACUUUGUUGGAGCUUGAACAGGAUGACAGUGUUCACUGUGCCAUCACAUCAAGUAAUGCAACAUCUUAAAAUUCUGUGAAAACUGUUGCUCACUUGUGAAAUACCUGCAAAAGAUUUCUAUGCCCAGUAGUUUUAUGAGGAACCACCACUAUUGCAAAUAUGGUGGCUGAGUCCAAGUUGCUGUUAUGAAUAAAAUGAAAUGAGAUUGUUGUUUACUAAUACCUUGGCAUGGCAGAAUUUGCACAUUAGCAAACAUUUUUAAACUGUGGAAAAAUUAAAAUUUUAUUCUGGAAAUGAUAGAUUGUAAUAUGAGAUUUAAAUUGAAUUCUGUUUACACCUUGUUACCUCAUACUUUCAUCUUGAAUGCUUCAACAUUUUAGAAGUCCUGAUACAGUACACCAUGUUAAGAGCCAGGAUUUCUAGAAUGUUACUUGUUAGAACACAUGUAUUUUACAUUUUCAGAAACACAUUGAUGCUAAAUUAUUUUUGAAUACUGACAACAGAAUCAUCCUAAAUUUUAAAAACAAUCAACACCAAAAAAACCCUCCGCAGUAGGAUGCUCGUUUAUGACAAGUGAAAGAAAUAACAGUCGUGGAUGAAGUCUUAUUACUGCCCACAGAAAUACAACUACAUGCUUGUACUUAAAUCCUCCUGAAUUAUUGCAGAAAUCAUGCAAGUCAGAGCUAGACCAUAACUGUGAGACAAGGUGGAUUGCUCAGGACCCAGGAAUAUUGCUAAAUGGGAACCCUGUGACUCGUAACAGUUAGAAGCAAGGUGGAAUAACAGUGUUCUGCUGUUUUAUUUUCCUGGUAAUAUAUGAGUUGUAACGCUCAAGUCUUAAACACUGUGAUCCAGGCACUGUACAGAGCGUGACCACUGCACCACCUUCAAUCACCGACCCUACUGUUCUUCAGAUUUUCAUCUUAUGAGAUAACGCAUGAAACAAAACACCUUAAUGCUGUGCUUGCUGCAUAUGUUUGUAAGUGUUUUAGGGAUGAAGCAGGUAAAAAGCCUUAGUGAUUUUAAUGGCAAUUGUCCUUAUCCCUUCAGGUAGCUGGCCCCUUUAAUCAGUUACAGCAUAGUAAAAAUGAGCUUCAUUUCAUUAUUUAAAACAUGGUGUAGUUGCUUGAAGGUUCCAUACUAAAUGCAUUCCUUGACCAACAUCAGGGAAUUUCCCCACACCAUAUGUAACAAUGUGUGGCUUGGGUUAAGGGUGUGCUGUUUGUAAUCAGCUUUUUAGUUGAAAAAUUACUUACUGUUAACUAUUAUCUAAUUUAGUAUUUAUAACUAGCAAUGCACUGAAAUCUAAAGCAGGAUAUUCUUGGUGAAAACACAACUAAUUGCUACAAUGUUUGGGACAAAAAAAAAUUACAGAACCCAAAGUACUGGUGGGCAUUUUGAACAGCUCCUUGGAAAAACUGGAAAACAUGUAAUAGUGCAGCUUACUAUACAGAACCUUAAUUUUUAUUGCUGUUGCACCAAGCUGGAACUUUUGUUGA